AUGAAGUUGCUCAUCGAUACUGAAAGUGACUCAUCGUUCUCCAUUGAUGUUGAUUUGGUGGAUACACUGUUAGUCAUAAAACAGAAGAUCGAGAAGGCUCAAGGUAUCCCUGUUUGCAAACAAACCCUUUUCUUCCAAGGCGAUGUUCUUCAAGAACACUUUAAGAUACGAAUUUGCCAUAUCCUAGGAAACUCUCGUCUCUUUCUCUACAUCUCUCCGGACGACAACCCUAAUCAGAACAACCACGAUCAAACCGAGCAAUCUCCAUCACAUCCAAUUCAUGGAUACGUUAACAAUCAAGAUUUGCCUGUUGUGAGCAACAAAGACUCAAUGAAAGGGUUCCUUGGGAUUCAAGAUUCGCCGCAGGGUAAGAACAACCAACUGUUCCAUCAGACAGAGCAAUCUCGAUUACCGUCAAACUCAUUUGGAGAGAGCAGUUACGGUGGGGAUAGAGCUUUGCCGCCUAGGGAACAGGUCUGCAAGAAGAGCCAACAUGAUCGCCCUGUCCAAAGGAUCAUGGCAAGGAGAAUCGAUAACGGAUCAUCACGACCGUCGUAUUCACUUGAUGAGUUACUUGCCCCUCAAGAUUUGCCGCCUGUGACGUUUGUUGGAAGCAAAAGAAACAGGAAUCAAGAAGUGGUUCAAACCGAGCAAUCUUCAACGUCAGACUCAGUCAAAGAGGUCAUGAACAUUCAAGUGCCUGUGAAGAAGAUGAUCAAGACCAGCCCAAUGAAGCUAACAGUGAUGGUGCAGCUACCAUAUGAGGAAACCAGAAAAAUUCGAAUGGAGGUUAACGCAAAUGAUAGAAUUAAAGAACUGAGGAAAGAGCUGGCUGAGAUGCAAAAUAGGGGUGAGUUAGAUCUGCCUCAAGGGUAUUUCUUUCUUGGACUGGGCAGCUCAGAAACAUGCCAACACCAGAACCGACCAGAGGAAACGAAUCAGUGUCCCACCAUCUUAUAGUCCCCACUUGGGUUACAAGCUCUCGUUACU